UUCAUGUCUAUCAACCUGUCAAUAUACACUUUACAGUUGCCUUUUUAGCUUAAAUGGUUAAUACUUUCUACACCAGAAUUGCUUAAUAUGGUAAAGAGACAAUGGGGAUCUUGGUCGGAGUGGAGCGCAUGCGCAUUCAAGUAUAAAGGACGUGACAUAGACAAUGGUCGCACCCAAAACAGAAAGAGGAUACUAAUGGAAGACACUGUCGCCAUUCAAAAUGAAACUGAGCGACGGCCGUGUAACGCUGUUCAGUAUGCAGGAUGUGAGAGGUCUACCGGGCCGGGCGACAAGUACGGUGUUGCUUAUAACUACCGUGACCAGAUGGCUCAGGCAACAUGCACCGCACUAUUGGACACAAGAGCUGGGCAUGUGUACGCCGUAAGGCGCAGAUGCUCCAAACAGACAGUGCCCUGUUCAGAAGUGUGCUCAAGCCUCAGUCUGACUUGUUUCAACGCACUACACGUGUACAGCCCCUACCAUGGCUACAAUCGGGUGUGACUGGACAGAAAAAUACCCAUAUGUACCGGUAUAACAGCUGUAAGGGAUUCUGUGGACCCAACUUCUGCUGCUGUCGCUCGUAAAACUUAAAACGAUCGAUCGACCUGAUAUAACGACGAAACGAACUCCUUAGUUAAAACAUAGUUUUAUCGAUUCUCGCAUUGCAGUGUAUGUAUGUGCUUAAGUUGAAAAGACACAAUAUUGAAUUACUUAUACGUAUCAUGAUGUCAUGUAAGUCAUGUGCAAAAAAUCAAAACAGUUUUUAGGUUAGUUCUAUAAUGUUAUGGCUGUACAUAUCUUUUGUUCAUAUAUCAAAACGUUAAAUUACAGCCAUUCGUUUCAAACAAAUCCAAUAUAACUCUGUUCCUGCGCUAAAGUUAAUAUAUUAUCAUGCCUUUUAACUGUAUUUGUUGCUGCCAAUCUGCAGUUUAUAUCAAUUUCAACUAAGAUUAAUUAUGAAUUUAAUCGCAAAUUUAUAAGGAACAUGUUUACAUUGUCAAGUCAUUCACACAACUGUGAUCUAUGUCAUAUGUUCGGUGGUUUAUUCUAGGAAAUGCAUCUAGCUCAGAACUUAACAGUGCAAAACAUACAUUGAUAAAUCCGUCUAGAUCACUAUUUUCCGUUAAAUCUUGCUUUAUAUGAAAUACCUAUAAAAUAUUAUAUCAUUUUUUUUGUAAAAUAUUUUCCUGUAUACUAUUUCAUCUGUUAUUUUCUUUUUAAAUCAAACAUUUCUGUCAUUAUCUAGUUUCUUCCCUAAAAAUAUGUUAGAAACCAUGAUCCCUAAAGGAUAUAUUUAAAGCAUUAUCAUUAAUAGGCCUAUGGUCAUCUUCACAGUAUUUAAUCUUGGGUAUGAACUAUUGGGCGGAAUGAUGUUGGAAAGAGAACAUAAAUAAAGGGCCAACAACCAUCUAGAAAUAGACUUAUGGAUACGAAAAGGAUACAAUUCAAAAUCACCAAAAGCAGUUUUACUAUAGAUACCUUCGAACAGCGUUGAUAUAUUGUGGACAUCUUUUGAAAAAAAAACAAUUAAGGAAAACAUGUUUCUGAACGUAAGUUGCAAGAUCAGCAUGUAUGAGGAUGUCACCUCACCUUUUUGUUACGGCGUAUAUAGGGUCAUUUUAGGCGGUAUUUCCGAUGCCGAGUUUAAGUUCGCCGAAUUUCACUAAUAUAGUAUUCUGGAUUCGGAUUCAAUGAGAAAACAAACAAACAUAAAUGACAGAAAUAAUCUAAUCCUUCCCCCAUUGGUGUAGCUUUAAUUUUCAUUAAUCUGGUAUGAUAUGUAAGUCCAAUUUCAAGAAGCGCCAAAGCUCAGCCUGAAGUGCAUAAACAUCAUCAAAAUGCAAAGAACUUUAUUUUUGCAGAUCCGAAAGGAGAAGAGAACAAAAAAAAACAAUUUAAUAUUCAUGCGUUCAAUUGAAGGCUUGUAAAAGAGAAAAAGAAAAAUCGUUAUGUAUUAUUUUGUUAACAUGCAAUGAUCGAUAGGCUGUAUGGUGUAGUUCUCUUAUUUUUUGCAAUUCA